AUUUCCCCUUUGACAAAAGGACAGUUUUUGUGUUUGCGAAGCAAUUUUGACGCUUUCCCAAUUGAGCCUGCAAUAAAGUUUUGCUUUUCAGAAAUUAUAAAAGAUUCUUCGUGAAUGAUCCAGAUUUUAAGCUAUUGGUUUGGCACAUUGAUUAUAGAGUUUCCUAAACUUUUCUUUGUUUUGUUUUACUUUGACCCGUUCAAUAGUUUAGCCUUAAAUUUGUACUUGCAUGAAUAUCAUAAAUUAUUGGUAAUUAAAUUAUUGUGUGCUACCACAUGAUUGGGGUUAGUGUCAAAGAAAUGAUGGUUGUAUGCUAAUAAGCCUUUGAGAGUAAGCUGAAACACGUGAUGCAACCUGCAGUAACCUUGUUGGUCAAAAAUUCCUCAAUGGGAUUUUUGUCACCUUGUCCAUAACAUGAUUCAGUUAUACUUGCAGCUGAGCUGGGUGAUUAUAAGUCUAUCAGGUGAGCUGGGUAAUGUUAGUCAAUCAGGUAUCUAUCAGGUUCUUGUUUGCUUCUGGGGGACUGACACGAUUCAAGACCUAAAAAGAAUGGCUUUGGCAAAUGCUCCUGCACUACAGUUCAAGACUUGUGAUGUUUUUGGUUCCAAUUCAAAAUGUUUAAACUUCCUUCCCUUACAGAACAGAAAUCUUUUUGUGAAGACUUUAGUCGUUGAAGCAAAGGCAAAUACUAGAACAGAAAGCGCAAAAAUUAGGAACAGAAGAAUGCGAAAGAAGUUUAAUGGCAACCCUAGAAGACCAAGACUGUCAGUAUUCUGUUCAGACAAGCAGUUAUAUGCUAUGUUGGUGGAUGACAAAAACAAGAAGUGUUUAUUUUACGGAAGCACCUUGCAGAAAUCUAUUCGCGACGAUCCCCCUUGCACCACCAUUGAAGCUGCUAAACGUGUUGGCGAAGAGCUUGUCAAAGCUUGUGUUGAUCUUAACAUAAACGAAAUAUCAUAUUAUGAUCGCAAUGGAUUUGCCCGUGGCGAAAGAAUGCAAGCCUUCGAGAUUGCAGUAGCUCAGCAUGGGUUCUUGCCGCGGUAGAAAUGAAUCCAGGUUUUCUGUUAAACUCUUGUUAGUGAUAUCAGUAAUCAAGCAAUGUUUCUCAAAUGUAGAAAACUGAGCUUACCUUUUGCAAGAUUUGUCAACUGUUAGCACAUAUUGUAUUUAUCUUGGUGAAGUCGAUUGCCUUUGCUGUUCUAUGAUAUCCUUAUCAGUUAAGUUUAAA